UGUGUUCUUUCCUUGGUAGGUUUGACGCCAGUGAACAAAAGAACUAUGUCACCUCCAAAGGACCCUUCUCCUUCUCUUCCUCUUCCUUCAUUGUCUUCUCGUUCAUCUUCCCCACCAUCUUCUUCUUCAGCCAGUGUUUCUGAGCAUGCUCCAGAUGGUUCUUCCCCACCUCAGAUGACAGCUUCUGAGUCCCUCUCACAGGUCUUGAGAGGCCAUGCAAGUCCUCCCACCCCAACCUUUCAAAGGCGAGCCAUAGCCCAAGGAGCACCCAGGGAAAUUCCACUGUAUCUGCCUCAUCACCCAAAGCCAGAGUGGGCAGAGUACUGCCUGGUAAGCCCUGGUGAAGAUGGCCUCUCAGGCCCUGCAGAGAUGACUUCUGAUGAGUGCCAGCCAGCAGAGGCACCUCUUGGGGACAUUGGAAGCAACCACAGAGACCCACACCCCAUCUGGGGGAAGGACAGGAACUGGCCAGGUCAAGAGCUAUCUCCCUUGGCUGGAGAAGACUGGGAAAAAGGGCGUACUGGAGCUGGGAAGGAAGAAGAGGGAGGACCAGCGCUGGCAAAGGAGAAGUUGGGCCUAAAGAAGUUAGUCCUCACUCAGGAGCAGAAGACCAUGUUGUUGGAUUGGAAUGACUCCAUCCCUGAGAGUGUGCACCUCAAAACCGGGGAGCGACUUUCCCGGAAAAGUGCUGAGAAUGAUAGAGGAGGCCGUGUGCUAAAACCAGUCCGCCCCUUGCUGCUCCCUAGGGCAGCAAGAGAGCCCCUGCCAACCCAGAGGGGGGCUCAGGAGAAGAUGAGGACCCCCGUGGAACAAGCUCAAGGGGAGCGAAGCGUGCCUCCACCCAAGUCCCCACUGCGGCUCAUAGCCAAUGCCAUCCGAAGGUCUCUAGAGCCCCUUCUUUCCAACUCUGAAGGUGGGAAGAAGGCUUGGGCCAAGCAAGAAUCCAAAACUUUACCCACACAGGCCUGCACUCGCUCAUCCAGCCUUCGGAAAACCAAUUCCAAUAAAGACAGGGACCAGCAUUCCCCUGGGAGAAACCGGCCCUCAGCCUUUAGCCCUCCUGACCCUGUCCUCCGCACCCAUAGUUUGCCCAAUCGGCCAUCCAAGAUCUUUCCUGCACUUAGGUCCCCACCCUGUAGCAAGAUUGAAGAUGUCCCCACACUCCUUGAGAAAGUGAGUUUGCAAGAGACCUUCCCAGAUGCUUCUAAGCCUCCGAAGAAAAGAAUCUCACUUUUUUCCUCUCUCAGACUCAAAGACAAAUCUUUUGAGAGUUUCCUCCAAGAAUCCAGACAAAGAAAGGACAUCAGGGACCUCUUUGGCAGCCCCAAGACGAAGGUGCUGCCUGAAGACAGUGCGCAGGCCCUAGAGAAGCUGCUGCAGCCUUUCAAAAGCACCUCCCUGUGCCAGGCAGCCCCUCCCCCUCUUCCUCCUCCUACAGCAGGAGGUGCAGACUCCAAGAACUUUCCCCUCAGAGCACAGGUAACAGAGGCUUCCUCUUCUGCCUCUUCAACCUCCUCCUCCUCUGCAGAUGAAGAAUUUGAUCCCCAGCUUUCCUUGCAGUCAAAGGAGAAGAAGACACUUAGAAGAAGAAAGAAGCUAGAAAAAGCAAUGAAGCAGAUGGUUAAGCAAGAAGAAUUGAAAAGGCUCUAUAAGGCUCAGGCCAUCCAGAGGCAGCUGGAGGAGGUGGAGGAGCUGCAGAGGGCUUCUGAGAUCCAGGGUGUGAGGCUGGAGAAGGCGUUGCGAGGAGAAGCAGAUUCAGGCGCACAGGAUGAAGCACAGCUUUUGCAGGAAUGGUUUAAGCUGGUUCUGGAGAAGAAUAAAUUAAUGCGAUAUGAGUCGGAGCUCCUAAUCAUGGCCCAGGAACUAGAAUUAGAAGAUCAUCAAAGCAGACUGGAGCAGAAACUGAGAGAGAAAAUGCUCAAGGAGGAGAGCCAGAAAGAUGAGAAGGAUCUAAAUGAAGAGCAAGAAAUAUUCACCGAGCUGAUGCAAGUGAUUGAGCAAAGGAAUAAACUCGUUGAUUCCUUAGAGGAACAACGCGUCAGAGAAAAAGUCGAGGACCAGCACUUUGAAAGCUUCGUAUUCUCCAGAGGCUGUCAGCUGAGCAGGACUUGAGGAGGCCCGUAGUCCCUCUCCCUGGCUGCACAUUGGGACCGGAUCAGGCCAAGUUCACCACACACCCUCGUGGGUCCUUCUGCAGGAUUUAUCAUCCCUGGAACUUAAGUUAUACCCUACUGCAUUUUUUUAAAUUAAAAUUCUCUUGCACGCA